AGGCAACGCAAACGCCUCCCCUCCUGCUCCUCUGCUUUUCCUCUGCUCUCUCUCUGCCUCCAACUGCAAACUCCGUCUCCUACCUCGAGCUCAAUCGCAGCACCAGCAACAGUAGAAGGAGAAGAGAAGGAUGGAGGUGGAGAUGAUGGAGGACGACGUGUUCUUCGCCGAGCUCAGCAAGCGGAUAUCGCUCCUCAUCACCGACGACGACGAGUCGACCGACUUCGGCGCCGGUCACUUCCCCGGAGCCAGAGCCGCCGCCGCCGCCGCGCCCAUCCCGGGAUUCUCGCUCGCCCAUGUGCCGAUGGGCGCGUCGAUGGUGGCGCCACCGGCCUACACGUUGUACCACCACGCCGCCAGCUACAACAGCAUCGGCGCCGGCGGCGACAGCGCCGCCGUCCGGGCGUGGCAGCAGCAGCAGUGCGGCAGCAAGGGCACCGGCGUGUUCAUCCCCCGGUCGUCGCCGGGAUCCGUUCACCCCAAGAAGAAGGGCAAGAGCAAGGGCAACGUGCACAAGGCGGUACGGGCCCAAACGGCGCCGGCGAAGAAACAAUCCUCUCACAAAUGAAAAAAAAAAACAAAGAAGGAAAAAAAAAAGGCACAACUAACUCCAAUUGCAGUGCUGAAUUGUCAGUGGAAUUAAAUUAAUUAUGUACUAUAAAUAUAUUGAUAAAUAACCAGUUGCUCCCCAUGGCCAACGUGUGAUGGGCAGCAACCGGGGCACCACCACAACACCAACCAAGUUACUGCUAGGGUUGCUGUUUGUGUAUAAUAGUAAAGCUGGUGUCCGUGAAGUGGUGCCAUGCGGUUUUUCUUUUCUCUUUCUCUCUCUCCUUGGCUUUUAAUAAUUCAAUUUAUUAUUUAUUAUUUUUUGUAUUUCCUUUUCUCUGUCACAACACUUUUGUAAGAUGGAAUAUAUAGAUUGGUGUAGUAGCAGUACUACUGUACUAAUUUAAUUAAGCAAUUAAGGAAUGGAAUGGAACCAGUGAUGAUUGG